AGCAGCUACGUGUUACAGUUCAGUGGAAAAGUGACAAGCAAAAAUACAAAAUGGUCCUGGAAAGUACUAUGAUAUGUUUUGAUAACAGCGAUUAUCAGCGCAAUGGGGACUACUUUCCAACCCGUUUAAAUGUGCAGAAGGAUGGUAUCAAUCUGGUUUGCCUCACAAAGCUAAGAUCAAAUCCAGAGAAUAAUGUUGGUCUAAUGACCCUUUCCAACACCGUCGAAGUGUUGGCCACGCUGACCAGCGAUGUUGGUCGCAUAUUCUCCAAAAUGCAUCUGAUUCAGCCAAAGGGUGAAAUCAACCUUUUGACCGGCAUUCGAAUUGCCCAUUUGGUGCUAAAGCAUCGUCAGGGCAAAAAUCAUAAAAUGCGCAUCGUUGUCUUUGUCGGCUCGCCGAUAAGCAACGAGGAAGGGGAGCUUGUGAAGCAAGCGAAGCGUCUCAAAAAGGAGAAGGUCAACGUGGACAUUGUCAGUUUUGGCGAUCAUGGCAACAACAUUGAAACCCUGACCGCAUUUAUUAACGCUCUCAACGGCAAAGACGGCACCGGCUCGCAUUUGGUUAGUGUGCCUAGGGGCUCAGCUCUGUCGGAUGCCUUGUUGUCGUCGCCCAUUAUACAGGGUGAGGAUGGCAUGGGUGCUGCUGGUCUGGGCGGAGCUGUAUUCGAAUUUGGUGUCGAUCCCAAUGAGGAUCCGGAGUUGGCGCUCGCCUUGCGCGUCUCAAUGGAGGAGCAGCGUCAACGUCAGGAAAGCGAGCAGCGCCGUGCCGACAAUGCUGGCGGUGCAGAGACCACAGCUGCCCCACCAGUGGCAAGCGGAGAGAGUGCCCCAAGUACUGGCACAAGCAGUGUUACUCUACCCAAUUCCAACUCGGAGGAGGCCAUGUUGCAGCGCGCCUUGGCAUUGUCCACGGAGACACCAGAGGAUAAUUUGCCCGAUUUUGCCAAUAUGACCGAAGAGGAGCAAAUCGCAUUUGCCAUGCAAAUGUCUAUGCAAGAUGCAGCCGAUGAUAAUGUGACACAGCAGGCCAAACGUCCCAAAACUGAUGAUGCCGCCGCCCCGAUGGAAGUGGAUGAGGACUACUCGGAGGUUAUCGGUGAUCCGGCAUUUUUGCAGAGCGUUCUCGAGAAUCUGCCUGGCGUUGAUCCUCAGUCGGAGGCAGUGCGUGACGCUGUCGGUUCUCUGAAUAAGGACAAGGACAAGAAAAGCGAUGGCAAGGAUGAGCAGAAAAAGUGAAAUCCUAUUCUUCGCCUACAUUUAUAUAUAUAUUUAAUUUGCAUUAAUCAGAAAUCAUAAGUGAGCUAACAUCUUUAAAGCCAUGUGCAGAUUACGUUCAUGCUUCUAAUAAAAAUAAAAUACAAUAUAUUAUCCCAA